UGAAGAGCUGGGAGCAGGGAAGAAGUCUAACCAGUCUGAAAGUCUGCAGAGGAAAGCGAAUGGACCGACAAACACGAACAUAAGCAAACAACAGAGACACUGCUGGGGCGUCAGGCCUACUGUUAGAGGUGGUUGACAAUGGACCUCAACAGUGAGACCAAGAGGAUGACCUCUUACCUCCCGGGUAACCCCAAUGAGACCCAGAAACUGGCCCCACCCAGACCCUCAGGCUGCAGCUGGCUGGUGGUGGUAGCGGCUGUAGCGGCCUCUCUGAGCGGGCUGAUGCUGGGCUAUGAAAUGGGCCUGACUUCUGGAGUCCUGCUACAGCUGCGGGGUCUCCUCUCCCUCUCCUGCCGGGAACAGGAACUGCUGGUCAGCUCCCACCUGCUCGGCGCCCUCCUCAUGUGCCUGGCCGGCGGCCCCAUUCUGGAUCGCUACGGCCGCCGCUGCUCUUUGCUCCUGAGCGCCGCCCUGGUGGUCGGCGGGAGCGUCGUGCUCAUCGCAGUCAACUCACUUAUUGCACUCACACUGGGCCGGGUGAUAGUCGGCAUGGGAACGGCGCUGUCAGGGACAGGAGCGUGUCUGUACAUUGCAGAGAUCUCACCAAGGGAGAGGAGGGGUCAGCUGGUGACGCUGUACGAGCUGAUGCUGGUUGUGGGUGUAAUGCUGGGAUUCAGCUGUAGUUACGCCUUUGCUACUGUGCCCCAUGGCUGGGCAUAUACAUUUGGACUUGUAAUCCCCCCGGCGCUGCUGCAGAUCAGUGUACUCCUGUUCCUCCCACCCAGUCCGCGCUUCCUGGUCACUCAGGGUAAAGUGGAGAAGGCCAGGAUAGUGCUCGCCACAAUGAGAGGGGGGGUUCAGGAGCAUGUGGAAAAGGAGCUCAGAGACAUCCAGGCAGGACUGAAAGAGGAAUCAGAGCAUAGUUUCUGGGAAUUGUUCAGCACCAAAGCCAACUUGCGUUCACGGCUGCUAACAGGUGUGGCCUUAGUCUUCCUUCAGCAGGCUACCGGUCAGCCGAACAUCCUCUCCUAUGCGUCACCGCUUCUCCGCAGUGUAGGCUUUAACAGUGACGCGGCAGCAACCUUGGCCUCUACUGGGUUCGGAGUGGUCAAAGUAGUUGGCACCAUCCCGGCCGUGUUGCUGGUUGACCGCGUAGGACCCAAGAGCUUUUUGUGCAUUGGUGCUGUCGCAAUGGGAAUGUCGCUAGUAGUACUUGGUACACUGACACUGCAAAACCACACUCACCUCACCAGCCUGUGUAAAAGUGACUCUAUACUAAACCACACAGAGGCGCCGUGGGAUUUAAACAGAACCUCUAUAGACUUGUACGACAGUGACAUUUUUUCUACUGACCUCCCCAGCCAGUGGGGCAGCGAGGAGGCACAGCGGACUUACAGAGAGGGUGAUUGGACUGGGGAGUCAGGAGGAGGAAGGACUAAUGGAGAAGUGUCUUCCGUACUGAAGUGGGCGUCAUUGAUCAGCUUGCUGGUUUAUGUGGCAGCCUUCUCAAUCAGCCUUGGGCCAAUGGUGUAUGUGGUUCUCAGUGAGAUCUUUCCAAUGGGGGUCAGAGGCAGAGCUGUAUCUGUUGUGUCGGCUGUAAACUGGGCCACUAACCUGCUCAUCUCCAUGACCUUCCUCACAACUACAGAAAAGAUUGGCGUACCCAAUGUGAUGUUCCUCUACGCUGCCAUGAGCUUUGUCCUACUGGUGUUUGUCAUCCUCUGUGUCCCCGAGACAAAAGGUCGCACGCUGGAGGAGAUAUCAAAGGAACUGGCGAAGAAGAAGCAUUUUGAGGUGAGGCUCUGCAGGCAGGUUCAGCCUCAGGAGAGUCUGAUCAGCAGCACGUCCGCAGGACUUCCAGCAAACGUCUGACCUAUUUUUUUUUUUUUUUUUUGACACAUCACAACCAUUCACCUCACCUGAAAGAGAGUCGAGAGCGAGGAUCAGGAAGGACAAUGUAUUAGCACUGUUAAGAAUUUGGGGUACAGCUCCACAUGUGUACGUCCCUGCAGCUCAAGCUGAUUGCUGUUAUGGUGUCUGUGUCAUUUAGUUCCUUCAAGCUACAUACUGAAUGUAAAGGAACAAAUCAUCAGGAUAGCAAUUACAUACGCAGGAAAGAAUUAAAUAAUGGAAGUAUUUGUGAAUUUGCUCAAAUUAGGAUAUCUCAGGGUUCACUCUUGCUUAUUAAAAAGACGGUAAAGAAAAGUAAAAAAUGGGGAUUGAAUAUGUGAUUAUAUGAAAUAUAUAUUAUUUAUUUAAUUCCUUCCUUUCUUUACCUCCUCCGUCGUUACAGCUCCAGUAAUGCAGGAAGAGACAUUUCCCUUAACUCCAGGACACAGCUGACUUUUUUUUUUCUUUCAUUUUGACCUGACAUUGUGAAUCUAAGAUGUACCAAAUAAUCAGACACUAAUCACGUCAAAUGUCUGUGUAUGUAACAUUCUUUGGAUUGCAAAUUAAUUCCUUAAACAUGACAUUUAUGUGCUGUUCCCUGUCAUAUGUAAUGUAAUGACACUAAUGUGGCUCAAACCAGUCGUACCAGUUAGGCUGAGUGUCCAGAUAGCAUUUUCUUCUGGCUGAGGACACAAGCGCCUUUCUGAAAGGUUCAGGGAUUUUCGACAAGAAGUGCUCGGAGCAGCCAACAAAAAAGUUUGAGCGCUCUGAGAAAAAAUACAGGUGCUCAGAAUACUAGAGUUACCGCCUAGUGGUUGCAUUUCUCAACCAACCAGUCAAGUUGCAGUUUUCAUUCAUCUUUCCAGACCAUAUGUUGCCAUGACAGCAGACGGUGCUUCAAAUAUGGAUGUUGCUGCUGAAAAGCUGAAUAUUCUACAAUAGUGGUUCCCAACUGGUGGGUGGCGGUCCAAAAGUGGGUGGCGUGUCCAUUCUGAAUGGACCGCAAGUGGCACAAAGCUUUGAUUUUGAAGUGCUAUUUCCUGUUGUAGAGUGAUUGACUGACGGAUAGAUACUUGAGAGAGACGGCAAACUAACUCAACACCAUGGCCGAACACAAGUGUGUCACUGAAUGUAUUAAGUUGUGCGGACCUUGAUCUAAUGAUUAAGAAGAAAUCUGGACCCUGGGUAUGGACCAGUUGGGAACCACUGUUCCACAGUAUCAAUCACCAUAGUUUCAAGGUGGGCACCCACGAUUAGUGUUGACCUUUGAUCUUCAGGAUAUAAAACGUCAUCACUUAAUUUUAUGCUAUUGCACAUUUGUGGGAAAGUUGGUCCAAAAUAGCGUAUUAAAGCUUGAGUUAUGGUCAGAAACUGGUCACAGUGACCUUUGACUACCAGAAUCUAAUCAGUUCAGGGUUGAGUCCAAAGCUGUGUCUCAAUUCAGGGGCUGCAGCCUUCGAAAGCUGCAUUGGAAGACCAAUUGUGUCCCAUCGGCACGAGCAAGGCUGCCUCAUUUCGAAGGCUCCUUCAAAGGCAGCCAAGAAAUGCAGCCUUCUUUCCGAGAAUUUCGAGGAUGCAACAGAUGAAUCCUUCGUGGUCCAGCCUAUCUCAAGAUGCAUUACGCAUAGUUGUAUACUAGCUAACGGUUAACUGUUGUUAACAUUACUAUUAGCUAAAAGCACACAGCUUAAUCAUUCUGAAUUUUAUACGUUUACCUGAAAACGGUCUGUCAGCCUAAAAUAUAUCAAACGGCGGUGUUUCCGGCGGUGAAUCAUCUCAAGUAUUAAAUUAAAAAAAUAUGUAUAUAAUAACAAUCUCUGGGUCCAUGAUUUAGGGCUAACUAAUUUACUACCUUACUCCUUUCGUCAAGCGCAGCUUGGUGCUAGGUAACAGUAGUGCCAACUGGUCGGGGAGAGAACAACUGGUGAUGCAACCAGGAUAUCCUCUGCAGACCAGACUGUCCCAUUUCGGAGACUGUUCGGUUUGGCUGAUGCGUUCUUCAAAGGAUGUGGCCAACGUCGACCACGAAGGCCGCGUCCUUCAAAGGCUGCAGCCCCUGAAUUGAGACACAGCUCAAGUGGACAUUUGUGCCAAAUUUGAUGAAAUUCCCUCAAAGCAUUCUUGAUAUAUCGCUUUCAUGAGAAUGGGACUUUUGGAUGGAUAAACCGAAAACACAAUAAUAGGUAGGAAACACAGGUAGGAGCACAGUUUAAUCUAUAAGGUUAAAACGUUCAAAAAUAUUUUGUAUGUAUAUAUUUGAAAGAGAAAUCUGAAAUCAUUGAUCACAUUUUUCAGUAAUCAAAUUGCAUUUUAAAUGCCACCAAAUGCGUUGCAUUUUGCACCACACAUUAUUACAACAUGUCAAGAACUCAUUGAAUAAAAGUUAACAAAAACAUGUAUUGAAAACAACAAUCUUAGGAGAGGAGUCUAGUGUUUUUUAGGCAGAGGACCCCUUCACUCAUUUAAAGUAUAAAACUUAGAUGCAUAUUAAACCGGGCAGUUGCAGGGUGUGCUUCAGGAGGCCAUAUCAGCCUCAAGCUGCAGUCUUAACCUGUAUUUGCUUUUCAGGUAGAUGAAGGAAAUUAAGUUGCUGCUGAUUCAUAUUCAUGUAUAUUUUCAGAUAUAUUUUAAUUUUGAAAAGAAAAAUAAGGUUCAAUAAAUCCUUAAAAAAUGAUGUAGCAGUCCCCCUGCAGUAACUCUGAAGAUUCACUGGGAGUCCUGGAUUCUCUGUUGCAGACCCAGGAUUUAGGAAGAUGCAUCUCUAGGAAACAUGCGUGAAUAUAACAACAGUAUUUUCAAUGGGUGAACGCAAUUAAAUAAAUAAUUGUAAUAGCAAGUUAAACCGACCAGUAUUUUUGAUGUGACUAGUGACGGUAGCUUCGUUUAAUCGACUAAUCCCUAGUGGAUGACAAGAAGGCAUAAAAACACUAUGUGGACACUCAGCCUUGUGCAAAACACACUGUAACCCACACACUGACAGAAAUAUAGAUGAAGUAGUGACAGUAGUCUUAGAGUAGGAAGAGCUGGUUUAUAUUUUAUGGGAACAAGCAAUCAGGAAAAUGAUGAAUUAACAGGCUCGGUUUAUUUUUUACGCCUGGCUGCUGAAUCCUCAAGCAGACAAGCAGAUAAAUAUUUAACAGAAAUAAAGUAGGUAAUAUAACAACUAGUCCUGUCGUUGUGUCAGAAGAAUUGUGAAAAAUUGUUUUUUUUAAAAAAAAAAAAAACUUGUGUCAGUGAUACUAAAAUUAUAUUUAGGUGAUUAACUAGUGGGAUGUUUUAAUGCAAGAAAGAAUGACUUAUGUGAAACUGUUCACAAUUAAAAAUUGCACAUUUUUAAAUCUU